AAGAUAAAGAUUUUCUAUUAUUCCAAAUUGCGUUACUUACAUAUAACUCAAUCAAUAUUUUCUCAUUAUUUAGAGGGGAAUAUUAAUUAACAAGAUUUGUUUUUUUUUGCAUUUGUUUUUUGUAUUUUUGCUUUGAUAUUUUGAUAUUUGAUUUCUGGUGUUAACAAACAUCCACAAAAAACAUGAAUUACAAUCAUUUUAUCAUAUUGAUUCUAAUGCAAUUAAUUAAUUUUUUUGAUUGUUUAAUGGUUGAUAAUCAUCAUCGAUAUUUUUUUAUUAAUGAUGAGGAUAAUGAUGGUAGAUCAAUCAAUGCUGCUGCUGAUGAUAAUCAACAACCACUGCUACCACCACCACCAUUGAAAACAAUAUUUGAUCUGGUAAAUGAAUCACAAUCAAAUGCUGAUAAUAAUAAAUUAAUAUUGGAUGGAUUUUUUCAACCAAAUUUCAAUUCUAAUCAUAAUAAUGACGAUGAUGACGCUGAUGAUAAUGUUGAUGAUAAUGAUCCAGGUGAAACAACAUCGAUAACAUCGACAAAAAUCAAUCAAAAACAAUUGAAAAUUAAUGAUUUAAAAAUCUGUGUAACACUUACGCCUGGUUAUGUAUCAACUAGAAAAAAAUUAGUCAAUUAUGAAUGUCAAGCACGAAUAUGUCGAAUGUCUUCGAAUGAUUUCGAAUCGAUUAUUGAUGAUCAAAAUGAUGAUUAUCAUUUUGAAAAACCAAUAUUUGAUUGGAAAACUGAUUUAAAUCAUCUGCUUGUGACGAAUAGUUCAUGUGAUUCAAUCCGGAAACAAUGUAAAUUUAAUUUGGAUAUUAAUGUAGAGAAUUUUUCCCGGGAAAUGGAAUCAAAUGGAAUGAAAAUAAUGAAAAUUACCUGUAAUGUUGCUGAUUUUAUACGUAUCAAUAACAACAACAACAAUGAUAAUGAUGAUGAUGAAAUUAUUGAACGUAAUAAUAAUAAUUCACCAGGUAAUUUACGUUAUCAUUAUAUUUCGGGACAGGCUGAUGCAUUUGUUAAAAUUUUUAAAGGAAAUCGAAUUCAUCAAGCUUGUAAUCGUACUGAUGAUUGUGGUGAAAAUAUGGUUUGCAAUCCAUCAAAUCAAUCAAAAGAUUCAUCAUCGUCCAAUUACAAUAAUAAUGGUUAUUGUGAAUGUCCAAAUGAAAGUAUUCGGAUACAAAUUGGACAACAACAAUCAUCAUCCAAUAAAGAAGAUAAAAUAUCAUUAAAUACAUUCAUUUUGGUAAUUGAUCAUCAUUAUGAUGAAUUAAUUUGUGCUGAAAAACGUCAUCUAAAUCAAUCAUGUCAAUAUGAUCAACAAUGUCAAUCAAUUGAUCAAAAUAGUAAUUGUCGACCAAUAUAUUCAUCGAAUGGUUUUGCAACACCAGAAUCCAUUUGUGAUUGUUCAUUUGGCUAUGUUGAUGAUCGACAAUCUGGUAAAUGUAUUAAUGUUUAUUCAGUAACAAAACAAUCAAAUAAUGAUGACGAAAAUCGAUUACCAAAUUAUCGAUUAUCAAAUUAUCCAACUGUCGUACCAAAAGGUGUUUAUAUUUGGUGGAUAAUUCAACCGAAACACUCAAAUAUCACUACAACAACAACAACAGCUAAUCGUAUUAUUUCUACUUAUCAAUUUUUAUGGCAACGUUAUUCACAUCAAAGAUAUUUAACACAAUGUCUACUGGCAAUAAUGUUAUUUGUUCCAUUUUUCAUACUAUUAAUAUCAAGUGCUUAUCUUCAUUAUUAUCGUCGUCAAUUAAUGGCUGUUGAUAAACGUAAAUAUAAACCACCAAUAUUACUGAAUUCAAUGAUGCCCAUUUCGGAUCGAUCACCACCAUCCCCACCAAUAUCAACAUUACCACCACUAACAAUUAACGAACAAAAGCACAAUAAUCAUAAACAACAACAACAAGAAAAACCGAAUACAUUAUCAAAACAAAUCAAUGAUAAAUCUGAAUUGAUUAAAAAUGAUCAAUUAAAUCAUCAAUUUUAUCAGAUUCAAUUUCAAUAA